AUGGGUAUCACCGACUUCUUCACCGACGUCUGGGAGACCUUCUCCCACCCCUCGGCCGACGCCGAUGGCCAACCGCCUGUCCAAGGUGGCACUAGCACCCAGUCACCCGCUUCCGGCACCGACGAGGAGAGCGGCGAAGAGGCCGAGGUCAACAAGCAGGAUGCGAAGUCAGGCGGCGACUCUGGAGAGCAGGGACACAAGCCCACCGGUCAGAUGAAGGGCGAUGAUGAGGACGAGGAGCCUGAGGAGGAGGAGGAAGAGGAGGAGACGCCCGACCCCAAGGAACAACUUGAGAAGGAAUGCGCUGAAUCAAAGGAAUGCCACGGCCCCAAGCACCACUACGACGAGUGCGCCCAACGGGUAACAGGCCAGAUUGAGAACGACGGCAAGGCCAGCGAGGACUGCGUUGAAGAAUUUUUCCACCUUGCUCACUGCGCAUCCCAAUGCGCCGCCCCCAAGCUUUUCGCUCAGCUCAAGUAA